AUGUCAUUGUUCACAGCAUCAAGGAAACCAAAGCAGAUUAGAAAAAAGACAACAUCCUCUUCCUCCUCCUCCUUUGAUAAUGAUGAUGAUAAAGUUGUCAACUCAAACAACAACAACAACAAUGAUAUUGAUAAUGUAGUCGAAACCCAACCAAUGAUUAUUGAACCAAUCAUUCAAUCAACCAACAAUCAACAACUCAACAAUGACGACGACGACGAAUCACAAAGAAAAAGAGCACAGAGAACAAAGGUCGCACAGAGGCAGCAGCAGUCAUCUGGAAAGAAGAAGGUUGCAACUACAACAACUUUACUCAGCUUUGGUGAGGAUCAUGAUGAUAAUGAUGACAAUGAUAUCACAUCAACAACAAGUACAACAACAACAACAACAACACCUGUCUACUCAUUGGAGAACAAGACCCUUGGUACUAUAAAGAGGAAUGAUUUCUCAAUCACAUCUACUGCAACUACGUACUCUACACACAUGCCAUCAUCUGGUGAAUACACCAAAGAGAGAUUGAACAUUUUAAAGAAGGAGCAAACUGCUGCAUCUGCUGCAGCAGCUGCUGCAACAUCAUCAUCAACAACGACGAAUGGUGAUAUUGAUGAUACAAUGAUCAUUGACAUUGAUAGAAUGGAUGAUGAUCAAGAUGGUGUUGGUGGUGGAUCAAUAAUACCAACAAGAGAACAGAUCAAGGCGGCAUUGGACAAAAGAAGACGUCUACAAGAGGGCAGUAGAGAUGGUGACGACAACGACCAACACUCAAAUGGAUUCAUUCCACUAUCAUCCUCGUCAACAACUACUCACAGUACAAAGAAUGGAGACAGCAACAGCAGCAGUAACAAGAUAUCAUUUGGUGAUCCUGGAAAGGAUAGUAACAAACUCAACAAGAUUGAUGAUAGUCAAUACUCAAAGAAUGUUAUCAUUGGUGGAUCACGUAGCACUAUGAACAAUGAUGAUGAUGAAGAGGAGGAAGAAGAGGACGAGGAGUUGACACGUUGGCAAUUUGAACAGAUCAAGAAAGGUGGAGGAAUCAAGGAGAGUGUUACAUUGGACUCUCAGAUUAGAAAGCAUCAACAAGACCUCCUAAACACUCCACCUCCUCAACAACAACAAUCAAUUGUAAACAUCAUCAACAAGGACAUUGACAUUGGUGGCAAUGGUGGCGUAUCAUUCAUUGAAUCAUUAUGCAAGGAUAUGGAACUAUCACUGGAUCGUCUAUCCGAUGUAUACAAUUCACAUCGCUCAGAACUCUCGCGUGUCGAACAUGCAUUACAGUUGGCCCAAGAACAGACUACAACGUUAGAGUCAAGACAACAUGUCAAUGAUGAUGAACUAUCAUACUUUACAGAGUUUGAGACGUACAUUAAGAACAUGACUGAUUGUUUGGAGGAGAAGGUGCCACUUAUCGAGUCGUACGAGGAGAGAUUGAUGGAGUUGGAACGAGAUCAUUCCGCUGCACUAAGGAAACAGAUCAAUGAUUAUAUACAUGAUUUGGAGAGUCAGAUUGACUUUGGUCAACAACAGCAACAACAACAACAGGACAUGCAAGUUGAUGAGUUUGGUAGAGAUAGAUCAUACUUUGAAACUGCAUCAAGAGAGAAACGAAUGGCACAUGUUAGAGAAAAGAGAAUGGCAAAGAAGGAAUCUAGAAUGGAUGAACAAGUCAAUGGAUCAGAAGAUGAUGAUGAACAAGAGUUAUAUGACAGUGACGAGGAAUCAUAUUAUAUGAACGAGAGAAACAAGGCAUUGUCAUUGAUCAGACAGGUACUUGAUGAUGUGGACGAAGAGUACAGUACAAUCAGUAUGGUCAGAGACAAGUUUCAACAUUGGAAGAUCAAAGACUAUAGAUCAUACAAGAGAAUCAACAUUGGAUAUAUUAUACCCUACAUCUUUGCACCAUUCCUAAGAUUACAACUCAUUGAUUGGAAUCCAUUGAAAUCAGUCAACUUUGACACUCUUCAAUGGUACACUGAUCUAAUGGAUUAUGGUAUUGUACCAAAUUUAACAUUGGACCAAGAUGACCCUGAUCCAGACUUGAUACCAAAGCUUGUGAUUAAGGUGAUCAUUCCAAAGGUGGAAUAUUAUAUCACCUACAUCUGGAAUCCAUUAUCUCAAGAACAAAGUAAACAUCUCAAAGAAACGAUCGAUGAGAUACAUGUGUAUGUGGAGAACAAGGAGGAGUUACAAGCACUCUAUACUCAGAUCUAUGUGUCGUUAAAGAAUAGUUCUGAUGUCAUCACAAUUCCAAUCACUGAUAAGGAUAGUGAUGAUAUUAAGGAGUUCACAACGAUGAUGUUCACUAGAUGCAUUCGUUUGGUCAAAGCAGUAUCUGUAUGGUCUGGCAAAUUGGACAAUGCCCUCUUUACACAAUUACUACUGGAUGAUAUUAUCAAUCGCAAGUUGUUACCAUAUCUUGGACUAGUGGCCAUGAACAAUCCAGACAAGUCACUCAACUUGUGGUCACAGCUUGUUCAAGCCAUGGAGUCGAUACAACUCAACAACAACAAUGCUGCAUCCAAGUUGAACAAUGCCAUCCACAUGUUGAAAGAGUUGCGAAACAUGUCGUUCAACAAUGACAAGAACAAACAAUUACAAUGCGAGAAUCUGGCCAAUCAAUUGUUGAUAAAAGUUGGACAACAACAUUAA